AUGGAGGGUUUGAAGGCUGCUGAUGGCGCCACACACAAGUCUCCAUUCAGCAUCAACAGCCUGCUGUGGAGGAGAGAGGGGCUGCGUGACCCGGGGACUCGCGCCUCCAGUCGGGACUGUCUGUCCAAGCAGCGCGUAAGGGAGCGCAAAGCCCCUGGUUCCGCUGAGGAAUCGGACCUGAGCGAAGUGACCAACAAGCAGGAGUCUUCGGUCAAAGCCGACAAACCGCCUUUCAGUUACAACGCUCUCAUCAUGAUGGCGAUCCGCCAGAGUCCGCAGCGGCGGCUGACCCUCAGCGGCAUCUACCAGUUCAUCAUGGACCACUUCCCCUUCUACCGGCAGAACCGGGCCGGCUGGCAGAACUCCAUCCGACACAACCUGAGCCUGAACAAGUGUUUCGUCAAAGUCCCGCGCCACUACGACGACCCGGGCAAGGGCAACUACUGGAUGCUGGACCCGUGCAGCGAGGACGUCUUCAUCGGGGGCGCGUCUGGGAAGCUGAGGCGCAGGACGGUGCCGGGAUCCAGAAGCAAGCUCGGUUUGAAGAGAAGCGGCUGUCGACUCGUGCCUUCCAGCGGGGCGGUGGGUCUGACUCUGGCCGCCGCCGGCUCCUUCUACUGGCCGCUGCCUCCUCUCUUGCCGGCGCCGGUGCGCACGCACCUGGGCGGCUACCUGAGCCCGCACCCCCGGCUCUCCCACCACCACGCAGCGGCCGUCGUCACGCAAAGGUCCAGGGUGAGUGCGGCUGACUCGGAGCGAUUGGUGCACCAGGAGAUGUCUUACAUCGGGCUCAGCUGCGCGCAGAGCCGGGGUCAGCAGCUGGGCGCCGCCUGGUCCGCACCCAUGCCGCCGCGCCCCCUGCACAUGUCGGAGCCCUGCGCCCUGAACGUGGUGUCGGGACAGGCCAGCUACUUCUACUCGCACCAGAUCCCGCGGCCCAGUCAGGAGGAGUGCGCCUCGACCAGGGUGGCGCCAGGAAUGUUUGGCUCCAGGAGGGGGUGUUGCGGCCAAUGUCAAAGUUACAUCCCGCAAGUCAGCGCCACAUCUGCUUGCUGGAACUUUGAGAAAUAGACAGACAAAAAAAAAGAUCCGUUUAAAAUGUGUCGCUAUUGCGUGUUUAGUGGGGGGGAAGUAGCAACAAUUCAGAAUGUCAUAUACACAUGCUUUCUAACGCCUGUUAUACCAACUUUAAAUGAAUGGCAGGCGACGACACAAAAUGCAAUUGUGUACAACAUAGACACUUUCGUUCCAUUUCAAAAGCAUUUAAAGGUCCUCCAGCUCGUUGGUAAAUAUGAAUUAUUCCCUCGGCGACAUUUGGACAGAGAAUUUGACAAAGUAUUGUUCAUUUGAAAACAAUCAUAAAUAAUGCGCGUACUGUGUCGUUAUAAUUUAUAUAAAUAGUCACUUUAAUACUUGUCAAGAUACAUCAAUUGUAUUCUUCUUCUUCUUUUUACCUUCAAUAGCAAUAUGUUAUUUAGAAUUAUUUAAAACUCACGCCAGUCGCGCAUUAAUAACGGUGACUGAAAUAUGUCAAGAAAGCUUCACUCUCACUUUAAUCCAAAAACAAAUUUGUAAUAAGUAUUCAAUUCUUCGAGUUUCUUUUCACUCGUUGAUUUUUCCAUUGAAAGUUAUCCAAUGCCAUUAAAAAAAAAAGAGCAAGUAACAUUAGUGCAGUGAAAUUUGUUUUUUCCAUAUGAAAUAUAUAUAUGUAACAAUGCUAAAUUUGUUAACUUCAUAAUUUAUAACUUGCUUAACUGCUAUGAUCCUUGUGUAAAACCAGUGGUCUGACUUUAAAGACUGUUAAUAAUCUUAAAACUGUAAACCAAAGAGGCCUCGUGUUUG